GAUUUCCUGUUGCAGAUAUCGAUGAUGGGGAGAACUCAAUACAGUAGCUAAGCCUUGGCAUACUAACAUUUUGGCGCUACAUGUUAUGGACGUGUUGUGUUUGUACGUAUAUUUAAAUGCUUACUCGACACUUGAGCUGAAGCACGGUGGAGAAUUGCGCGUAAAUUCGUUGCGGUCUCUCGCGUCAUCAACAUAAUCGCCGUCAACAGCAGUCAACAGCAUCAAACUGCCAAGAAAAUGUUGCUACUGUUUCCAGCAAACCACGACAACGGCAGCGGCACUUGGAGACAGAAGCACCAGAAGCAGGCAGCAAAUGUGAAGUGGUUUUUUUUUUAUGAUGAGCACUUUCCAACUGCGACCGAGACUGAGACGAGACGGACUCACACAACACAAAAGCGUGUCGUGUCGUGUCGUGCCUUGUCGGACCCUGUCAAACAUUCUGUGCGAGAUCUGUCAGAAGGAGUGCCCCCAGUGCCCUGCCAUAACGAUGCGGCCCGUACUGUUCCUGUUCUAUACCGUCGAGACGGUGGUCAACAUGAUGCUGAUGGGCUACCAUAUACGCGGUUUCAUGUCGCUCGAUCUAAGCUUCCUGUCACCAAUGGACCAAACGCCAUACUACUUCUAUACGGCCACGUUCUAUAUCUUUACCGUGCUCAAUAUAUUUUCCAGCAUUAAUGUGUGCACCGGGCACAAAUCGGUGCUGCUGGAGGAGAUCCUACGCACCCUGGCGGGCUGCAUAUUGUAUAUGAUUAUCUCGCUGAUGACGCUAAAGGAUGUGGAGAAUGAUUUCCAUAUGAUGUACCUGGGCAUAGGUGAUCCCCAUAUGCCCGAGAAGCCUGUCCAUCCCUUCUUUGCGUAUCUACGCGCACAGGCAGUGUGCUCAUUGGUCUGCAGCAUCAUUUACCUGCUGCACUGUCUCAUCGUUAUUGACGUAAUGCUGUCGUACAAGGAUGCUGACUAUCAAAUCUAUGACACAUCCGAUGAUUCAGACGAGGAUAUGGACUACAUACCCGUGCGCCUGUACUUCUGUGGCGUCUACAUACAGGAGCGACUCGAACGUUAUCGCUGGUUUCGCGACUUCUCCAAUGGUGGGCGCAUCAACAUCUAAUUUGGGGCGAUGCUUAUGACGCGGAAUAUUGACGGCAAUGUGUCAGCCACAGAUUCCCACCC